AUGCCCCCAAACCAGCCGGCCAAUGUCCCGUCAGAUAUCCACAAAUGGAAAGCAACAGCCCGGAGAAAAGGGAUGAACUCGAAGAUCAGCGUCCACACCAGAGGCCCAUUCAAGUCAGGCUCUAAGGUGGUCGAAGAAGAAUUUCUCCUCCUGAAAACUAUCUGGCCCACGGUGCUGCCAAACGACAAAUGGCAGGUUCAUACGCAGCUGGGACUAGAGACUCAAUUUAGCAAAGCCACUGAGCACCUGGAGGGUAUCCAAGCGUUCAAUGACUACUUAAACACCGCCAAAGGAUAG